AUGCGUAAUGGUCAAGGAAAAGAAGUUGCAUCAACAAGUGUAAUGAUUAAAAAAUAUGUGAAAUUAGAUCCAGAUGAUGACUUCAGUUCACAAACAUUAAUUAAACGACAUGGUGAACAACUAAAAAAUAAACAUAAAUCUUCAAAAUGGUGUCGAUUACAUAUAACAAAUGAUGAAUUAUGGUUAUCUGGUGCUUAUUGGUGGCCUAAUUCCAUAUUGAAUGGUAUUCAUUUAAGUGAAAUCAAUUGUUUAGUAAAAUUUUAUUCAACACCUAAUCUAUUAGCUUUGGGUAUAGCUUCACGUUUAUAUGAAUCUGAAAAACAAUAUGUUAUACUCUGUACAAAAAGUGGUUCAGAUCGUGAGCAAUUAGUGAAAACUUUAACUACACUUUGUGGAAAUCGAUAUACACAAUCAGAAAGAAGUUUUAAUGUUCCAGUUGUUGGACCUACUGUUAACAUAGUUGAAAUUUCAUUAUCACCCGAUUUAAAAAAGCCAGUUCCUGUAGGAAAAUCAAUAGAAAUUAAUCAUGAGCCUAGUAUACAACCAGUAUCAUGUAAUAAUCCUGAAACAUAUAUAAAAGAAACGACAAUCAAAAUUGAAAGACAUCCUUCACCUAAUCAUAUAUCAACAGCACUGAUUUCAACUGAACAUAUAACUACUAAUGUGACUGUUGCUGCUAAUAAUACUACUGCUACUACUUGUACUACUAUUGAUAAUAAUUACAAUGAUGCUGUCAAUAACUAUGAUGUUCACCAUAAUGACUGUGAUACUAUCAAUGCACCAUGUACCAUAUCACCAUCACAAAAACCAUGUCGAGAGAUUCAAUGGAUUUCAAAUGAUAACAUAGGACCAUAUCGAUUGAAACGUUUUAUGGCACCUUAUUGUGAAGGAUUAGAGUCUGGUUUAAAUCCGAAAGAUUUAAUACAUGUUUAUUAUGAUCCAAAACAAGGGAAUGUUAUUUCACCAGAUGGACCAAUUUAUUUAUAUUGUGUCAAUUGUCCUACUGAGUGA